UAUGGUUGGAGUGAGACCUCUCACCAGAACUCUGUCACAUUAUCUGUGCUGCAAGCUGUAAACAGGGACGCGAGUUACUCAGCUGUGCUUUAACACGUCUGUUUUAAUAAUUUAUCAAGAGCAACACAGCUUACCGCAAAGGGAGGAUGGAAGACGAUGUCCUAACCACGCUGAAGAUCCUGAUAAUAGGAGAAAGCGGCGUCGGGAAGUCCAGCCUCCUACUUAGAUUUACAGAAGACACAUUUGACCCGGAACAAUCAGCAACAAUAGGUGUUGACUUCAAAGUGAAGACCAUUUCUGUGGAUGGCAACAAGGCAAAGCUGGCAAUAUGGGACACUGCAGGACAGGAGCGCUUCCGAACCCUGACGCCUAGUUACUACCGCGGUGCCCAGGGAGUCAUUCUGGUGUAUGACGUCACGAGACGAGAAACCUUUACAAAGCUCGACAACUGGCUGAACGAGCUGGAGACAUACUGUACGAGGAAUGACCUUGUUAAAAUGCUUGUGGGAAACAAAAUUGAUAAGGAAAACCAUGAGGUAGACAGGGCCGAAGGGCUGAAGUUUGCGAGAAAACAUUCCAUGCUUUUUAUAGAGGCGAGUGCAAAGACGAGAGACGGUGUUCAGUGUGCGUUUGAGGAGCUGGUGGAGAAGAUAAUCCAGACUCCCGGUUUAUGGCAGAGCGAGAGCCACGGCCGAGCAGUCCAGCUCACCGACGAAGAUGCAGGAGGCGGAACCUGUGGCGGCUACUGUUCCCUGGUGUAGACAACACACAUACACACAUUUAGAGAUUCACAUGCAAAUGCCCUCAAAUACAAGCAUAUCCACACAUACCCAAGCAUACAAACUUUAAAGGAACAGCCUCCCUUCCUGCCGUGUGGCGUCCUGGGCUCCGUCCUCACACAAAAAGUCAGUGGAGGUUCAAGUGUAUCCGCUCUGCUUAGAUGAAAAUGUUUAUCUCUCACUGACACACACACACACACACACACACACACACACACACACACACACACACACACACACCUUUUGCACACUUUCUGGUGACAACGCCAUGCUAAAACAGCUCAGCUUUCCUCUUAAUGGCGUUUGAGUGUUUCUCUUUCUGUUUUGUUUUGCGUUACAGCUCUGUGCAGUUGUAGAGUCUUGGUCAACACAUUAACCGUUCUCGCUUGAUACUCGUAUGAUUUAGCGAUAGCAACGCAGUAAAGCGACUUCAGAAUUGUAAGCCAAAGUUUGUGAGACAUAUGGCUAAAUCUCUGAAGUAUGAUAAUGGGAGUGGAAACUCUUGAAGUUGACCUAGGUUUCUUUUUGUCUCCAGCAUGCUUUUUGUCCUCGGAGCACCUUGCCUUAGCGAGCACAGCUGUAUCAAAGCAGGGCUGACGUUUCUCCAGUGUUAGUCUUACUUCUGUUCUGCCCUGUGCUUUGUCCGCUUCCCUGUGCACAGGCACUAUGAGUAUAAUGCUGCUUAUGGAGAAGCUUAUCAAGCCAAGCUGUCUUGUAUUUUAUCUCGCCACUCUCAGUCAAAGGCUUGGAUCAAAUGACUUUGUUGUCCACAUGACUGCCUCAUUUCUUUCCAAGUGUUCAGAAUGGCGUUUUAUGACUUUUAUUGACUGGGACUUCAAACCAGUGCUGUGUUUUUUUUUUUUUUUUGAAAAGUGCAUAAAUCAAAGAGACUGGCACCAACAAGCUUUCCACUGGGUGCCGAAGAAGAGGGGACCUCUUAAAAUUGCACGCCUUUUUCUUUUUUGGUAACAAGUUGCUUUAAUGGAGUGCGACCUGCUGGCACUCGUUCACUCAGACAGAUAAUAUCAGUAAUAUCACUAGCACUGCUACAGUCUUUCACGUAGAUCUCUUUGACUGGACAGAGACAAAGGAAAAGUGUUCAAUAUUAAAGAGGGCAGUGAGUCAUAAGGGUGUUUCCACUGAAUUUGGAAAAAUCAAAGAAAACGCUGUGUGCUCCACAUUGCUAAUGGAUUUCACAGUUCUCCCAUCUCUGUGUUAGCAUCUGAGAAACGCUUAUAAAUGUACUGUACCCCUGACCUCUGAACCAUGUUUGCAGUAUUCAAGUGCUGGUAUGUGUUCCAGGAAAUGUACUUCUGGGAGGGUUUGAUCUCCUAACAGGGAUAGUGAAAGUGACAUGAAUUUGAGCAUGUCUCGUCACACGUUGAUAUUUUAUUGUAUGUUAUUUUUUUGGAAGUCUCUCUUUAAUUGCAUGGGAAAUCUGUGUGCCAUUUUUUUUUUCUAUUUGUCUGGUGAAUGACUUUAAGAGGCUUACUUAUAUUUAGUGGAAAAUAAAAUAAUAAAUACAAGUUUACCAUUUAAAUUUUAAUGGCUAGAACAAAUGGAAGUAGGCUUUUACUUACUAAACUGUUAUGGCUGUCUUUUUUUUGUGUUGAAAUAUGUCGAAACCUGCACCCUUUGUAAAUUGUGUAUUUUAGGAAUUUAUCGGGGAUACUUCAUGUAUGAAUUGUAAAGCUGAAUGUAUCCAUAUUUCACUACAAACUGCCCUAUGUAUUAAACUAAAUAAAAUUCUUUUUUAAGCGAA